AUGAGUUACGGUCGCUCUCCUCCCAAUGUGGAGGGCAUGACCUCUCUCAAGGUGGACAACCUGACCUACCGCACCUCGCCCAAUACUCUGAGGCGCAUCUUCGAGAAGUACGGGAGCAUCGGCGACGUGUACAUUCCGCGGAACCACUUCACUAAAGAGUCCCGUGGCUUCGCUUUUGUCCGCUUCUACUACAAGUGUGACGCCGAGGAUGCCAUGGACGCCUUAGAUGGGGUCGUGCUGGAUGGUCGUGAGCUUCGGGUGCAGAUGGCCCGCUACGGUCGCCCCACAGAUCCCUACUAUGGCCGCCGGGGAAGGCCAUCCCGCAGGUACAAAGAAGAUGACUAUGAAAACAAGAGCCGCAGGCCGUGGCGUCCUUGUCCUAGCCGUUCCUGUAGCAGGAGCCGGUUCCGAUCCAGGAGCAGAUCGCGCAUCAGCCUCUCAAAGUCUUGGUCUCGCUCUCGAUCCUGUUCUCGCCUUCGCAGAAGAUCUCGAUCAACCUCUACAUCCCGAUCUACCCGAAGAUCCCGUUCCAGGUCCUCCUCAGUGUCAAGAUCUCGCUCGCUGACCAAGUCCAGGUCAAGAUCAAGGUCAAGAAGCCUUCCAGCAGGAUACAGGAAGGAAUACAAAUCCAGAUCGCGAUCCAGGAGUCUCCGCAAGCUCCCAGAAGAGGAAGGAGAUUUGUCCUAUUAA